CAAAGCCGCUCAACAGAGGGAAUCUACUGCUUCCUACUAUAGUAACACGGUGUCCGCAAAUUAUUGCACGUAUGAGCUUGGAGGAAUAACGAGGACAGGAUGGCCAACUCUGCACUGGAGAUAGUGGGUCUGUUGGUGACCAUCAUUGGGCUGAUUGGAGCAGCGGCAAGCACCGGGAUGCCAAUGUGGCGAGUCACCGCGUUCAUUGGGGAAAACAUUAUUGUGUUUGAGACGCGCUACGAGGGUCUGUGGAUGAAUUGCUUUCGGCAGGCUGACAUCAGAAUGCAGUGUAAGGUGUACGACUCUCUCCUUGCCUUGCCCCCUGACCUACAAGCAGCAAGGGGACUUAUGUGCUGCGCCCUGGCACUCGGUGGUCUCGGUCUGCUGAUCAGUUUGGUGGGACUGCAGUGCACAUCGUGUAUUGAAAACAACGAUCGGGCAAAGCGUUUCGUCCUAAUCAUUGCGGGAGUCAUGAUCAUCAUGGCUUGCAUCUGUGUGAUUAUCCCCGUGUCUUGGACGGGUCAUGUCAUUAUAAGGGAUUUCUACAACCCCUUGUUGAUCGACGCCCAGCGCAGGGAGCUCGGAGAGGCCUUGUACAUCGGCUGGGUGGCAUCCGCCUUCCUGUUUUUUGGAGGAUGCAUGUUUGUUUGUUGCAAUCUGCAGUCUGAAGAAAAAGGUUCUGAGAGGUACAUGUAUUCAACAGCCUCUGACUACAUACCCUAUCCUCCACAGCCUCUACAGCCUAUGCAGCCUCUACAGCCCCAACAGCUGGUACUACUUCCCCAACCACAACCCCGGCCUCAGCCAAUGCUGUCAAGACAUCCAUCAACCAACUACAGCUACCACUCCAGAUAUCCUUCAGUACGCAGCGGGGUGGCUUAUCUCUGAACACUUAAAACUGACUGAGGUAAUGAGGAUCACAGUUAUGGUCACAAUAUUCAAGGGAUUUUCUUUUUAAUACAGGGUUUUCUAAGCACUGCAAUCUAUGACACAUUUCAAAUGACACGAAAAAAGAACAGAUUUCAAUAAAUACAUUAAGCUUUAAUGCAAAUGAAUGUCCAUUUUAAAUCAAUCUUUUUAUACACGAGGAGUACUUAAUGUCUUGUUAAAGAGCACUAGUUACAGAAUCUUGAUAUCAAACGAUAAUAAUAAUUAUAACCUUGUCUGUGAAAGCUUCCAUUACUUUGAUGUGUGUUGUAUAAUGAAAUUUUAUACUGAUAGCCUUUUUUGUAUAUUCAUGUUAUCAAUUGUGUCUGAGUAUGCUGUAUAUAACAUUUCAAGUUUCACCGCUGUGUAACGUGACACAAGUGUAUUUGUGUUUACUGUUGUGUACACGGAUACACUUUGUCAGUAAUGCUAUUUGUUGUUGACACAGGAGUUACGUAGUCAUAUAAACAGUUCAUCCUGUAGAUAUUUCAACACCUUUUCCCUAAACAACAGCUGUGUAUUCAAAUUUAUACCCCUCACCCCGUCAACAUAACACACACACACAUACAAAAUGUUUGAGAAUCAAACAUCGGUAGAGCCAAAACGACCUCUCACACUCACUGCUUCAACAGUGAGUAUAGUAUAGUAUCAAGUAAAACAAAGGCAGGUUACAAUCAACUAUAUUGGUGACUGAUUGUGUGAGUCUAAAACAUUUUGUGUGUCUAUAUUUAAUCACUUUGUGUAGGUCUUUGUUCAAAAUCGGUAUGAUGCCCCGGAGCGCUUGGAAACCGAUGUUACUGAACAAAUGGCUAACUAAACAUGAGACGUUCGUUUAAGACUGCUUGUUGAAGGUGUGGAAACUUUACCUGACCUACUGUGUGUAAAGAAGCCCGACCGAAACGAGCUGACGGCAUAAUCAUGUGAUCAGAAUUUGCAAGUCACUUUGAAUGGAGACACCUGAGAGCUUUAGACCAAAACCUGUUUAGUUCAUUUCAAGGUUGACUCCGGCUCUUCAGUCAAGUGUAUUACCAGUUUAAUUAUUGGGUCGCUUCAUUUCACUUUGAGUUUAAAAACAAGCUCCAAUUAAAAUUAUACCCAUAGAAUCUAAACUCCUUAAACACUGGAUGUAAUUAUAUAUUCAAACAGAGAACGGGAAUCUGCACAAUGUUAAGGUCAUUUCAAUGAUGUUUCAUACUGAAAAUCUGUGGUGAUGUAAUGACAAUUGCUUAAGAUG